AUGCAGGCGUCAAAGGCUUGGAAGAAGCAGCACAAUGAGUUGACUUGGUCGAAGAAGAAGGCCACACUCGAAGUGCUGCGGAAAAAGGAGAAGGAGGACGAGCAGGCUGCGGGAAAGCUCCGGGAGAAGAGGAGGGUCGACAGGGAGAACGCGGCCAACAGUCGCGCUCGAGCCCCACUGCCGUUCCCGGAGCGGGCAACCCUUGGCAAGGCCCGCCGAGGCGAGGAGUCUCACGCUGGAGCGAAGCGUCGAGACUUCGUCGCCAAGUGGGCGCAGUCCCAAGUGGAAGCUGCUGGCUGUCGGGCACUCGACAUAGUGACUGCAUGGCAUGUUGAGGUCCCUGAAGCCGAGGAGCCGACAGGGCUGCUAGGCCCAGCUGCUGCAACUCUCGAACCGAAGCACCGCUUGAAGGAGCGCAAGAGAUGGGAAGCCUCCAUCAACGAGCUGUUCGUCGUGCCCGAGGCUCGUGCUACCGGCGCCACUGUGCUCUCUGUACGCACACCACGACAGCGGGUAUUGCUGUGCAGGAAGAGAAAGAGCAGGCCGCAAAGGACGCCGACAUCGAGGAGGACCUGUCGAGGGGACGGGGGGGCGGGGCAGUCACACGGCAAGUGA